CUCUCAACGUUGAAUAGACGUUGAAUUGACGUCUGUGCCCAGUGGGAGGGGUUAGAGGGAGAGAGUUCAAGUGACAUAGCAAGGAAGGAGAAAGACAGUGAGUGUUUAUUUGCUGAGGCAGAAGUGAUCAAUUCCUCACCAUGCUAGGAGUGAGCCUCGGUCUGUUCCUCCUGCCCCUCUGUGCCAUGUCGAUGCUCUCGGGGUGGGUGGAGUCUCCAAGCUAUCCCCGUGGUUACCCACCUGAUGCCAGUCUGAACUGGAGCAGGUGUGCCCCUCACGGCCACACCCUCGCCCUCAGGCUGACACACCUGGACAUGGAGGACAGUCACGGCUGCGAGAACGACGCCCUGGAGAUCUUUGCAGAUGGAAAGCAGAUAGCCCUUCAAUGUGGUGAAAUGUCAUUUGAGGACCUUGAUUCUACCGUCAAUCCCUCACUCCUUUCCUCUGUGGAGGGCUGCCUCUCUCUCUCGUUCCGCUCUGACUACUCCAACACCAAGAGACACACUGGCUUCAGAGGGUUCUACAUGCUGCAAGACUUUGAUGAGUGUGAGGAGGACCCAGAUAACAGAUGUACCCAGUUCUGCCACAACUACAUUGGAGGAUACCUCUGCUCCUGUCGCCUUGGUUACCACCUGGACACAGACGGACACACCUGCACAGUGAGUUGCACUGAGGACCUGUCCGGCUCGCUGCGUGGUGUGAUAUCCAGUCCCUCUUGGCCCAGCCCGUAUGCUGAGCAUGCCCACUGCUCCUACAUCCUGUCAGUAGAGGACAAUCUGGAGCUGCUUCUACACUUCACUGGGGAGUUUGAUGUGGAGCAGGGGCCAGACGGACAGUGUGUGGACACACUCAUGGUUGAGACUUCCUCUGGGACUCAGGGGCCAUUCUGUGGCCGUGUGCCUCCCCCCCCUCCCCUCCGCACUGGGUCACACCACGCCCGCAUUCUCUUCGACUCUGACGGACAGGGAUCCAACAAUGGCUUCACUAUCCACUACAGAACCACAACAAAGACCUGCCGAGGGAUUGUGACCUCCAACUCCACCCUGGCCCCACAGCAACCUGAAUAUCACCAAGGUGACACAGUCAUGGUGACCUGUGACCUAGGCAGUGUUCUGAACACAGGUGACAAAGAGUAUGAGGCGACAUGCCAGAGGACAGGCGAGUGGAGUCCUGUGUACCGCUGUGAACCUGUGGAUUGUGGAGAACCAGACACGUCUGGUGAUGAGGCCCUUCAACUGGUGGACAAGGAUCCAAGCACUCUGUUUCAUGAUGAGGUCCGGUUCAAGUGUGAAUCUAAAUACUACACACUGGAGGGAGACGAGAAGUACAUCUGUGAUGCCAGUGGUACAUGGACAUCGGUCAAGGGCCAAGAAAAGUUACCAAAGUGCAUCGAAGUGUGUGGGAAGACAGAAACAGAUAUUUCCAGCUUUGGAAGAAUUUUGGGGGGCAAACCGGCGAAGAUGGGAGAGAUACCCUGGCAGCUUCUCACUAAACAGCCCAAAAGAGGAGGAGCAUCCCUGAUCAAUGACCGGUGGGCCAUCACAGCAGCUCAUGUAGUGGAUGGCUAUGAAGAAAGCAAGCUUACAUUUUUCGGGGGGCUGAUAGAUGGGCAAAAAGCACAAGAAACUGAUCCUGAUGUGGUUGUCAUGGUAACGGAGAAGAUUAUCAUUCACCCUGACUACUUAAAGGGCAUACCUGGCAAUGAACGCACUAACUACGACAAUGAUAUAGCUCUCAUCAGAAUGUCUUCCAGGGUGAAGUUAGGGCCCAAUGUUCUCCCCAUAUGCCUGCCUGAGGCUGAUGGAGGAUUCAAAGAGUUUCAGCAUGGGACUGUUUCAGGGUGGGGUGGGACAGAGAAUACAUUUAAAGCCAGCAUUAUGGCUAAAAGCAAAUUCUUGCUUUACGCAUCUGUGGGAAGAUACCCCCAAAUAAAUUGUGAGGAAACACCUUUGUUGUCUAUUAACAAGCCAAUGGUUUUCACUGAGAACAUGUUCUGUGCAGGGGGUGAUGGGUUAGAUAGCUGCAAGGGGGAUAGUGGGGGUCCAUUAUUUCUCCCUAAGCUGGGAUCAGGGAACAAGGACAACAGAGGGCCAUAUCAUCUGAGAGGCAUUGUGUCCUGGGGUUCCCUUUGUGAACUGGGAAAGGAAUCUAAAAAGGGUUACUACACCAAAGUGGAGAAUUACUUAGACUGGAUCAAGAUGACAAUAGAGAGAGAAGAGCAGGGGUAAAAACAGUAAAGAAGACUAAUAAGAGUAAAACAUACUAGUCAACACUGAACCUCCAUAAUCAUAAUUGUAUGCUAAUUAUUUCCAGUACUUUUACUUUUUAUAAAACCAGUCUGGUUCUAUAAAUUACUUGUGUUCUUUUAGUUCAGUGUUAAAUGUAACUUCAGUAUACAGGCAAUACCAUCCUGUCAUGUCUGAGUAAAAUCUCUACUCUGUGGCAAAAUCACCAAACAUAUUGCUGUGCCUUUUAUUCGUUGUUGUGAAUAAUGCUUCACAAUGUAACCCUGAUUGACAAACUCAAAUAAAAAUAUGGUUCAUAAAACUCG